UUUUACUGUGAAUUAUUACUAUGAAUUAUUAUGAUUAUUAUUCAUUUCUUUGCCAUUAUUGUGGUCAUACAUAGGUUAUGAUACUUUUAAAGAGGUCUUUUCUACUUUCAUAUUAUAAUUAUCAUUAUCAAUUACCAUAUAUAAUAUUUAAGUUUAUGUUGGUUUAUCUUUUCAAAAAUUGCAAUGAGUGUUGAAAUGUUUCAAGUGAGUCCCCAUGAUAGUAACAUUUAUUGUAUUCCGUCAUUUAGCGAAAAGAAGUUCACAGUAGAAAUUCAGCCAUCUGAAUCUUUUCAGUUGGGAAACGCUUUACAAUCAUUUUUCCCACUAUUGGAGGCAGUUUUUGAUUAUCUAAAUUGCAAUGAUCUUAAGAAUUGCAUGCUGGUAAACGAAGUGUGGAAGGAUUUAGCGGCAAAGAUUUUACAAAAAAGAAGUUCAGUAAGCUGGGUCAGUUAUGUCGAAAGAGAAAGAAUAUUUCAGUCUAGCAAAUGUUUCAAUUAUAAUAAUAUAUCCAAGUGCAUUAUAUUUUAUGACUAUCAUUAUAUAAAAUUAGAUAAAUACAUUUGUUUGCAUGAAAAUCAGCUCCAAAGAAUGACAUUUGUUGAAUAUAUUUCUAAAGAGGUAGUUCCUAAAAAUAUUGAACAUUGCUUUUUGUCUUGUUCAAGUGUAACUCCAAUAGAUCUCUCUAAUUUAAUUAGAUCAAAAAAGACAGCAGAGAAAAUACCAAGAGCUGUCUUUCAAAGUGUUUCUCUUCCUGAAAUUCCUAAUGUGAAAAUAUCAAUGUUUCACUGCAACCCAUCACAAUCUGAUGCUGCUAUUAAAUGCACCCUUUCAAAAUAUAUUAAACCUGAUGAAGUUGUUAAGUGUUUGCUGACUUUUCACAUUAGUAAUCCUUAUCGCAACAUUGAGAAAUUUCUAAAUUGUGUACUAGAUGGAGAAGAUGCAGCAUCUCUUGCUCUUGGAGGAGGUAUCAUAAAAGGCAUAAAACCAUAUUUAAGUGAUAGUUAUCAAAUACAAAGGUAUUGCAGUGCACGAGAAUAUUUUUGUAUAACAUUCCAGCAAAACAAAUAUGCUGAAAUUGAUUUUAAUGCAGGAUCAAUGGUUGUAUCUGGAGUAUCACAUUCAACUUAUGAGUUUGAAGAAUGUCUUGGAAAAUUAAAAGCAAAAUGUCAAAAUAGAACAGAUGGAGUGGCUUUUAGAAUUUGUUGUGCUGCUAAACAUGAUAAAGAUAUGGAAACUACACUAUUUAAUAAACAUUUUCCAAAAAUACCACUUUUAGGGAUAGAUGUUGAUGGAGAAAUUGGUUGGGACACUAAGGAUUUUCAGAAAUUUAAAGAUGAAACUUCAGGUAAUAUGGAAUUUAAAAAAGUUAAAAGAACACUGCCUGAAAUGCAACAUCAAUGGUCUUCAAUAUUUGUUUUACUCACAUGGGGCAAACUUGUAAAUGAGGGAAUGUUUGGUUUGUAGUUUUUACUUUUGAUCCUUGACUUUUACUUUAUGUUUUGUUAUGUUUAAUGCAUUGUACAAAUGUAGAUAUUUUUAUAUUUAAUAUAAGUUUCGAUAAU